UGUAUGAGGGGAGGAGUUUGUCCAACUGCGCUGUGAGUUUCAAACUUAUGAAAUCCGUUACCCCCACAGUGGUGUGGAGCCGCUACGAUCUCAAUCCUCCAACAGUCCAUGAGCGUCAGCCGGUAGGUGAUGAACUUAAAGACCAAAACCAGCUUUACAGCGGUCGAACAUUCAUGAUGGCUGACGCUCUGGAAACUGGAGACCUCAGCCUCAAUCUGACAAAACUCCACCUGUCUGACAGCGGCAACUACACCUGCACCGUCAGAUCAUUUCAGGGAGAAUGGAAAGUGAGAAACAUACAGCUGCAAGUCAAAGUUUCCCAGCAUGCCUCAGUUGUGGAGCUGUAUGAGGGGGAUGAGUUUGUCCUGCUGCCCUGUGAGUAUCACACAUUCGAUGUGGACAACCCCACAGUGGUGUGGAGCCGCUACGAUCUCAAUCCUCCAACCGUCCACCAGCGUCAGCAGGAAGGUGAUGAACUUAAAGACCAAAAACCAGCUUUACAGUGGCCGAACAUCCAUGAUGGCUGACGCUCUGGAAACUGGAGACCUCAGCCUCAAGCUGACAAAACUCCGCCUCUCUGACAGCGGCACCUACACCUGCACCGCCAGAGCAUUAGGAGGACAACGGAGAGUGACAGACAUACAGCUGCAGGUCAAAGAACAAUUUCCAUCUUGGGCCAAAGGUCUCCUGGUUUUCCUGGUUCUCCUGGUUCUUGGUCUUAUUGUUGGGGGUCUUUUGGUGCAUUUUCGGCAGUAUUUCAAGUCAGUCUACCAGGUGGAGGUGGAUUCAGGGGAGGAGUCUGUCCUGCUGCCCUGCAAAACCACAGUUCACCUGCCUGAGGACGUCACAGUGGAGUGGACAGACAGUACCAACUGGAUGGUCCAUUUGUAUCAGAACAGUUCUGAUCAGCCUGAAGAACAGGACUGGUAUUACAGAGACCGAACUGAAAUGAAGAGAAACCUGCAGGAACCUGGAGACCUCAGUCUGACCCUGAAAUACCCCACAUACAGAGACACCUUCACCUGCACCGUCUACAGCAGGGAGAGAGAGAUCCUGAUGAAGAAACAAGUGAAGCUCAAGGUCAAAGUCUGUCAGGUGGAGGCGGAGGAGGGGGCGGAGUCUGUCCAACUGCCCUUCAAGACCACAGCUGACCUGCCUGAUGAUGCUGGAGUGGAGUGGAGACGCUAUGAACCUGAACCCAUAAUAAUAGUCCAUGUGUAUCAGAACAGUUCUGAUCAGCCAGAAAUACAGAACCAGGAUUACAGAGACCGAACAGAGAUGAAGGAAGACCUGCUGGAAACUGGAGACCUCAGUCUGACCCUGAAAUCCCCCAAAGAGAGAGACACAGGAACAUACCGCUGCAUCGUCUACAACAAGGAGGGAAACAUCCGGAGAGAGAAAAUAGUGGAGCUCAAAGUCAGAGGGAGAACCAGGAACAGAAGCAGCUCCAUUGAUCCAACUCCUCUGAUGGCUGAUCAAUCUGUUUGAUUGGUCUGUUGAUCAAUCUUUGAUUAUUGAUCUUGUUGAAGGGGCUCAAAGGAAGAGAAUGUCAACGUUCAGCUUUCAGUGUUUCCUCUCUUCAUCGUCUGAAUGAACCUGCAGUCCAUACUGUGAUUGAUUGAUUGAUUGAUUGAUUGAUUGAUUGAUUGAUUGAUUGAUUGAUUGAUUGAUUGAUUGAUUGACUGAUUGAUUGAUUGAUUGAUUGGUUGGUCUCAUGUAGCUCUAUAAUGUUUCUCUGAUGUUUGUGUAUUCAGCUUCUAUACAUAUAUAUCUGGCUGUGUCUCAGGAGGUAGAGCGGGUCGUCCACUGAUCAGAAGGUUGCUGGUUCGAUCCCCGGCUCCUCCCGCUGCAUGUCGAAGUGUCCUUGAGCAAAAUACUGAACCCCAAACUGCUCCUGAUGCUGAAUCACUGUAUGAAUGAGUGAAUGAAUGAAUGUGUGAAUGAGUGAAUGAAUGUGUGAAUGAAUGAAUGUGUGAAUGAGUGAGUGAAUGAAUGAAUGUGUGAAUGAGUGAAUGAGUGAAUGUGGCCUGCUGUGGAGACGCUGGCCUCACUCGUCUCCUCUCUCCUCCUCCUGAGUCAGGUUGGCGAGUGGUGAUGUAUCCUCAGUUCCCACAUUACAAUCUGUGACAAUAACUUACAAUGUGUAACUGAGUCCACUGGGACCAGUUUGCCUUAAUCCAAUAUAUAUUUUAAUCUUUUUGUAUUACAGUUCUGCACAAAGGUGCUUUAUAAAUAAAGUUCUGAUUGAAUUCAGUCUGCUCUCAAUAAAAAGUCUUCUUAGAAAUCAA